GACGCGCGCUUGUGUGUGUGUGUGUGUAUGCGUGUGUGUGUGUGUGUGUGUUUCCCUUUUUCUCCCCAAAGCGAACAUGAAAUAGUUUGUUGAUCUUCACUUUCCUUCCUUCCAUCCCCCCUUCCUUACUUCCUUCCUCCCUUCCCGUCCUGCUCGGAGGCUCAGUUCGGAUGAGUUCGGUGAUGUUGGACAUGGGAGAGCGCAAGGAGCUGAAAAUGAUCCCCAAGUCGUCCUUCACCAUUCACAGCCUGAUACCGGAGGCCGUACAGAGCGACAACCACCACAGCCACCCGCUCCACAACCAGAAUCCACACCGGGCCGCCGGCGGCGGCGAGGACGCCGAACACAAGCCCCCCGCGCCGCAGGACACCAAAGCGGAAGCGAAGAGCGACGCGGCGGGCCCGGAGGCGGCGGACGCGGCGGAAGACAAGAAGGAGGGCAAAGACGCAGACGCCGGUUCUGGCGGGAAGGAGGGCGACAAGAAGAGCGGAAAAUUCGAGAAGCCUCCGUUCUCCUACAACGCUCUCAUCAUGAUGGCUAUCCGCCAAAGUCCCGAGAAGCGGCUGACGCUUAACGGCAUCUACGAGUUCAUCAUGAAGAACUUCCCGUACUACCGGGAGAACAAGCAAGGCUGGCAGAACUCCAUCAGACACAACCUGAGCCUCAACAAGUGCUUCGUCAAGGUUCCGAGACACUACGACGACCCGGGAAAGGGCAACUACUGGAUGCUGGACCCCAGCAGCGACGACGUCUUCAUCGGGGGCACCACCGGGAAGCUCCGCCGGCGCUCCACUACCUCUCGAGCCAAGCUGGCUUUCAAACGGGGCGCCCGGCUCACUUCGGGCCUCACCUUCAUGGAACGGGCCGGUUCGCUGUACUGGCCCGUGUCCCCCUUCCUGUCCCUGCACCAUCCGCGGCCCGGCGCCACCAUGGGCUACAACGGGACGUCGUCGGCCUACCCGGGCCACCCCAUGUCGUACGGUACCGUGCUGGGCCACAACGUGGGCGCCAACCACGCGUCCUUUGCGCCGCCUAACGGACUGAGCAUGGAGCGCCUGGUCGGGGGGGACCUGCCCUACGCCACGCAUCACCUGACGGCGGCGGCCCUGGCGGCCUCGGCGGUGCCCUGCGGCCUGUCGGUGCCGUGUUCUGGUACCACGUACUCCCUCAACCCGUGCUCGGUCAACCUUUUGGCCGGUCAGAGCAGCUACUUCUUCCCACACGUCCCACACCCCCCCGUCAGCACGCAGAGCGGCGGCGGCGGCGGCGGCGGCGGUGGUUCGGUGCAGCCUUCCCGGGCCCCGGCCUCCGGUUCCCCACAGGCCGGUUCGUGUGACUCCCUGAGGCCGCCGAUGGGCGCCUCUCUGCCGGCCUUCUCCUCCGGACUCUCCGCCGGCCUGUCUGACUAUUUCACGCACCAGAACCAGGCAUCCACCCCGAACCCUCUCAUACACUAACACGGCCCGACGAACCUCGGCGAACCUGAAGGAGUUCCAACUGUAAGUUGAACAUUUUCAGUGUAAAAAAAAAGACAAAAGAAUAUAAAGUUUAGAAAGAAAGAAAAAAAUAAACAUCCGGGAAGUUUCCAGCUAUUUUUUAAUAAUAUUAUUAUUGUUGUUAUUAUUAAUAUUAUUAUAAUGUCUUCUUCUUCUCCUUGAACUUGUGUGUACAUAGUGCGUGUGCGUGUCAUGUCAGCGAGGUGCACGGAGCAGCUCGUUUUAACUUUCAGUAUUAUUUUGAUUAUUUACACGUUAUUGUUGUUAUUAUUAUUUUAUUAUUAUUAUGUCUACUUGUUUGGACCUGCUGGUUCGGUUGGCUCGUGUCCAACGCUGAGCACGCGCACGUUCUGUCUGAUGCUGAGUGACACGUGCACGAAUGUCCUUGUUGGACUUUUUAGUGAAGACAAAAUGUCCAACAUGCUUGUAAACUUUGUUCCUCUGUCUUUCAAUGUCGUCUUGAGAUCCUACAACGUCACGUGUCCUCCUCCUCUUCCUCCUCCUCUUCUUCUCCGUGUGUUUUUUCAGAGCAGGAAGUGUUGAAGUGUUAGAAAUAAAGUUAGCUUACCUUGUU